AUGGAUGAUAGAAAAAUAGUCAUAGCACGUAUUCCCAAUCCGAAUGCUAGCCCUCCGUUUUACACCACUGCAUCGGAAGUUGCGAUGAUGGAAUUUGUUCGAACAAUACUUGAUAUACCUGUUCCUAAGCUCUACAGCUGGAGCACUAGCAACGAAAACAAUGUCGGGACAGAAUAUAUCCUCAUGGAGGAAGCUGCGGGGCAGCCACUUGAGAAAGUUUGGGAUCGUAUUUCUCCUGAUUUAAAACUCGAUACUAUGAAGGAACUUGUUUUAAUAGAGGCCAAGCUUUUGUCCUUGUCGUUUUCACACUAUGGAAAUAUUUACUUCGCGAGUGAUGCAGUUGAGGGUGCUGUCCCGGCGGAAAUCAUAAGCGAUGUACCACCGAAAUUAAAAGCAAAAGCCUUGAAAACAUUCACUAUUGGGCCUUCAGUAGAGAGGGACUUCUGGAAAAAAGAACGAUCAGAAAUGCAACUUGACCGGGGCCCCUGGUUAACCGCGCUAGAAUAUGCGACGUCUGUAGGCCGUCGCGAAAUUUCAUGGAUUAAGAAAUACGCUAUUCCAAAAGCCUCUGAUGACCCUCUUCUAGUUUCUGCGGCCCAAAAUGAUCCAGGGGCUCACAUACAGCUCCUAGAAAAAUAUCUCACUGUUGCCCCUUGUCUUUUGAAAAUCGAUAGGCAGUUAACUCGCUCUAUUCUGUGGCAUACGGAUCUCCAUUCCUCAAAUCUGUUUGUUGACAAUGGACAUAUUACCGCUGUCAUUGACUGGCAGGGAUCAUGGGCCGGUCCAAUUCUUCUUCAGGCCAAGGCAUCGCCACUGGUUGAUUAUCAGGGACCCAUGUUAUUCAAACGCCCUGAUAAUUUCGACACACUUGACGAUGAACAUAAGGCACAAGUAAAGCAGCAAAUCUCAAAGUCAAGCCUAUUCCAACUUUAUUUACUGGAGACUGAAGAGAACAACCCGGGGCUAGCUAGGAGAAGCGGACGAUCAGCAACAUAG